CAACAACAACAACAACAACAACAACAAAAACAACAAGGUGUUGAGCAACUGAGUACUUGGUCGUUCUUCGAUCGCAACCACCCCUCGACUGCGCGGCUCGACUGGGAUCUCGGACAACCCCACUCCAACUGACGAAUCCCCUCAUUCGGUAGCGCCCCGUUGACUCGCGAUCAACGCCUCCGUUGUCACACAAGAACACAAUCUUUGUUUCCCGUAAGCAACGUUUCGGGACACGUCGAGAUGAGCAGCGCACAAAGAGGCGGAGCUCGCAAGAUCUCCUUCAACGUCAGCGAGCAGUACGACAUCCAGGAUGUCGUAGGUGAAGGCGCCUACGGUGUCGUCUGCUCUGCAGUACACAAGCCUUCGGGCCAAAAGGUCGCUAUCAAAAAGAUCACCCCCUUUGACCACUCCAUGUUCUGUUUGCGGACGUUGCGCGAAAUGAAGCUGCUUCGGUACUUCAACCACGAAAACAUCAUCUCUAUUCUCGAUAUCCAAAAACCACGGAGCUACGAGACCUUCAACGAGGUGUAUCUCAUCCAGGAACUAAUGGAGACUGACAUGCACCGCGUCAUUCGUACCCAAGAGCUCUCGGACGACCAUUGCCAAUACUUCAUUUACCAGACGCUGCGCGCCCUCAAGGCCAUGCACUCUGCCAAUGUUCUUCACCGCGACUUGAAACCCUCCAACCUUUUGUUGAACGCCAACUGCGAUUUGAAAGUAUGCGACUUCGGUUUGGCUCGCUCGGCCGCGUCGCAAGAGGACAACUCGGGCUUCAUGACCGAAUACGUUGCCACCCGUUGGUACCGCGCCCCCGAAAUUAUGUUGACGUUCAAGGAGUACACCAAAGCCAUUGAUGUCUGGUCUGUCGGCUGCAUUUUGGCCGAGAUGCUGAGCGGCAAGCCACUCUUCCCUGGCAAGGAUUACCACCACCAACUGACCCUCAUCCUGGACGUCCUCGGCACGCCAACCAUGGAGGACUACUAUGGCAUCAAGUCGCGUCGGGCGCGCGAAUACAUCCGCUCGCUGCCCUUCAAGAAGAAGGUUCCCUUUCGCACGCUGUUCCCCAACACGUCGGAGCUGGCCCUGGACCUGCUAGAAAAGCUCCUUGCCUUCAACCCUGUUAAGCGCAUCACGGUCGAAGAGGCGCUCAAGCACCCGUACCUGGAGCCCUACCACGACCCGGAUGAUGAGCCGACCGCGCCCCCCAUCCCCGAGGAGUUCUUUGAUUUCGAUAAGCACAAGGAUAACCUGAGCAAGGAGCAGUUGAAGCAGUUGAUCUACCAGGAGAUUAUGAGGUGAAGUGUUUACCGAUACAGGCAGUUGCAAGAGAAUACAGUGAGGUGAGGUGAUCUGGACGGCUUUGCAGGAGAGUAUUGGAACAACGUCAGUUUACUCGGUCCGAUUGGGACCGUAGGAGAUAUCAGGGAGAAGUGGAAUAUGCUUUUUCUAGCAUUUGAUGGCGAAUGUUGAAGGCUAGGGGGUGUAUGUGAACAAUGUGGACUAGAUGAGUGUGGGGGUUGUCGAUUACUUUACGUUUCCUUUGCGGUCUGAUACGCUCUUAUGGCUUGCUUAAACCGGAUCCUGUUUCCGUACCGUCAUGAAUUUGAAGCUAGAUUCUCAACCUGCCU